AUGAUGGUCUGGUUCCUGAUUGGCUUCCUGCUUCCUCUGGCGAUAUUCGCGGCUCCGCCCCCGAUUAACCGGCUGGCCCUUUUCCCGGAUAAGAGCGCCUGGUGUGAGGCCAAAAAAACAUCACCCAGAUCGUCGGCCACAGCGGCUGCGAAUCCAAGUCCAUCCAGAACAGGGCGUGUCUGGGACAGUGCUUCAGCUACAGCGUCCCCAACACCUUCCCGCAGUCCACCGAGUCGCUCGUGCACUGCGACUCCUGCAUGCCGGCCAAGUCCAUGUGGGACGUGGUGACCCUGGAGUGCCCCGGGAACGAGGAGGUGCCACGGGUGGACAAGCUGGUGGAGAAGAUUCUACGUUGCAGCUGCCAGUCCUGCGGGAAGGAGCUCAGCCAGGAGAGCGCCAUGUUUAACGUUUACCUGAACACGGCAGAGGAGACUCUCUCACCCGCCGAGAACAUUGGGCGCCACCAGCACCACCAGGAAGAGGAGACGCCCCCCACGGCCCAACGCGAAGGCGAGAGCGAAGAGUGA